AUGGCAACGAAAAAGGCGUGCGUGGAUGCGCCCAAAAGGAGCCGGAGUCCGGUCGUGUUGGAGGCGGAGAUGUUCAGUGAAUUUCAGGACUGGUGUCUCCGGACUUAUGGAGACUCCGGUAAAACAAAGACCGUCACCCGGCGAAAAUAUAACAAAAUCAUGCAGACACUGUUGCAGAACGACGAGUCGGAUGGCGUGUAUGUCGACAACAGCCACAUCAACGCCAAAUUCAAAUUUUGGGUGAAGUCUAAAGGAUUUCAGGUCGGGACCAACGUUUUGGGAGAGCACAACAAGAAAGGAGCUCCAGGGAAACCCGUGCUAUAUGUCCCGGUCAAGUCAACGUGUUCAGAUGGGAAUUCGGCCCAAGACAACUCCUCCCUGAAGCGUGUGGCCGUGGUCGAAGACUUCUUUGACAUCAUCUAUGCCAUGCACGUGGAGAUGGGUGCCGACCCGGGACGAGCACCCAAACACGCAGGCCAGAAGAAGACCUACAAAGCUAUUGCAGAGACCUACGCCUUCCUGCCCAGAGAGGCGGUGACUCGGUUCCUAAUGAGCUGUGGAGAGUGUCAGAAGAGGAUGCACAUCAACCCCAGCACCGCAGAGUUCAAAGAAAAUGACAGACCAACCUCACUGGUCCCGGACCUCAUUGAUUACAACAUGCCUCUGACUGCCACCUACCUGAAACAAAUGAAACUGCAGUGCAUGACGGCCACUGAGAGGGAUGACAGUUCGGUGAGCAGCGAGGACAUGAACAGCGCAGAGCCCACAUGGGUCACAGCUGAGCAGCCCCCAGUGCCUGAGCCCAGCCCACCUAAUGGAGAGCGAGUCAGCAACCCAACAGCCACCAUUAAAGAAGAGGACGAUGACGACUCCUCAGAGAGCGGCAGUGCCAACGGGCUGCCGGCCCUGACCUCCCCGGAAGUGCUGGCUGUGGGUGGGAACCCCCCAGAUGGUGGGGCCCCUUAUGGGGAGGUGACAGAGAACGGGUUGAGUGCCCCCCUGGACUUCAGCACCACCUCGUCCUCAUCCUCCUCAGAGGAUCAGCAGCCGGUCAACCUGAGCGACAGACUGCUGCCAGUCGGGAGCUCGCCGCCAAACUCUUACCCCGCAGAACCCAACAGGAAGUACCCCAUCAAAACAGAGUACGCCAACAAGUCGCCUCCUUACAGCUCAGGAAGCUAUGACUCUGUGAAAACUGAACUGAGCAUGAGCGCAGAGGACUUGACCUCUGGGCGGGCACAGAUAAUCGACGAUGACGACGACGAUCAUGAUGACCAUGAUGACAGUGACAAGAUCAAUGAUGCUGAGGGCAUGGACCCUGAGAGACUUAAAGCCUUCAAUAUGUUUGUGCGUCUGUUCGUGGAUGAGAAUCUGGACCGCAUGGUGCCCAUCUCCAAACAGCCCAAGGAGAAGAUCCAGGCCAUCAUCGAGUCCUGUAGCCGUCAGUUCCCAGAGUUCCAGGAGCGCUCACGCAAGCGCAUCCGCACCUACCUCAAAUCCUGCCGCCGCAUGAAAAAAGGCGGUUUUGAGAUACGACCAACACCUCCUCACCUCACCUCUGCCAUGGCUGAGAACAUCCUCGCUGCUGCCUGCGAGAGCGAAACCCGAAAUGCUGCCAAGAGGAUGCGGCUCGAUGUCUACCAAGCGACGGACGAGCCUGCCUCCGACAAGUCCAACUCGAGGGACCCUGCCUCUGCGGCUCCGACAAGCUUCUCGAUUUCCAGCGCAGCUUUUGCCCAAGACCAGCUCUACACCAACGGAGGCCUCAACUACAACCUGCGGGGAUACGGCACAGUCGGCAGCAACCAGCAGAACGCUACUGCUGCACAAACCAACGGUCCCACAGAUCUGAGUAUGAAGUCCGUCGGCCCCAACUCCUCCUCCUCCAGCUCCAACAGUCACGGUCAGGGAGGCGGCGGUGGCGGAGCUUCGGCCCAGCUCAGCCAUCCGGAGGUCACAGCGGUGAGGCAGCUCAUCGCAGGUUACCGAGAGUCCGCGGCCUUCCUGCUCCGCUCAGCAGACGAGCUGGAAAACCUGAUCCUGCAGCAGAACUGA